GCUAGAUUUAUUGAUUGCCGUAAGUCUAGAUUCAGGUCACACCCAGCGGUAGUCUAGAUUUUGCUUCCGUAGAGGCAACCCGUACCUUGAAUUUUGAAAUAAUAAUUUUAAUUCAGUGUUGCUGUGAAUUUUUGUUGUGUAGGUGCCUUUCGCAGAUCAGAGACUCCACUACAAACCGACUCCAUGAACCAAGCAGCCGCACCCAUGGAGCCACCAAUCUUCACCACGACCCUUACCAUCUCUUCAAAAUCUCCCCUCUACACCCGCACGGAGAAGAUCGAUCUCAUCAACAAAGAACUGCUUGAAGAACUGACUAUCAAAGCGAUAGACCCCAACCAUGAGUUCAGUCACGCCCAAGACAUGAUCGCCCUCCUUGGAGACAUCAAACAGUAUGAAGAAGCCAUCAUUUUAAGCAAAGUCAUCACAAUCAUUGACAGAGGUGUACAACGGAUGAAGAAUUCAGGUCGUCCUUUCGGGAUUGAGAUAUCAGAACUGACAAAGCUUCGAGAGGAGUUGAUGAAGCAUCUUUCAGAACGUCAGGAUAUGUGCAUGGAGACUCGCAGGAUCUGUCAGGAGGUGACCAGGGAAACCAGUAACCAACGCCUGCGCUUGGAGAUACAACUCAAGAGAGUUGAACAACCGGCUAUCCAAAUGUGAACUGUUUGGAAGACCAUAUAAUAUUGAGUAGAAGACUUAUCAUUUGUCAUUCAUUGUCGAGCCGUUUCUGAUCAAGUUAAAAGUUUUUGAGUAAGUUUAUUGAUGAUAAUGCCCCAAUUAAUGAUUUAACUGAAAUACCUUGUACUUUUAAAAAUUAUGAAAGUGCCAAAAGAAUUUGAUUUGGUUAAAAAAAUAUUUACUUGGAUCCAAAAAUAUUGGAGGAUUAAUUCUAACAGGAAUUAUAAUAAGAUUAUCUUUUUGAAGAUAAAUUAAAAAAAUAUAUCUUA